AGGAAAUUAAUCUCCUCUUUAAAAAUCACUGGUUCUGGAAGAACAUUGUAGGACAAAGGGACCAACACUAUGGAACGACAGCUGCUGUUUAAGAGCCUCAAUGAAGUUAUGCAUGUUUACCUGAAACACCAAGAUCAUAGCCAUAAAUAGCUGAAAACGAAAACUUGAAUUGAAAGAUAUGGGUCAAGCUUUAGGUUGUAUUAUAGUUGGACAAUCAAAUUUGGCAAUUAAGGAACACUUUGGGAAAUUUGAUGAUGUUCUGCAACCUGGGUGUCACUGCUUGCCUUGGUGCCUCGGAUACCAGAUAGCCGGCAGCCUUUCGCUCCGUGUGCAGCAACUCGAUGUCAAAUGCGAGACAAAAACCAAGGAUAAUGUGUUUGUGAAUGUGGUUGCUUCUGCGCAAUACCGCGCCUUGGCCGAUAAAGCAUCUGACACCUUCUAUAGGCUCACCAACACAAAGGAACAGAUACAGUCAUAUGUUUUUGACGUUGGGAUCCUAGUGGCGAAUGUGCUCAACUAUUUCUUCGCAAAUAUCAAAAGUGGAUGGGGAUGGAGGCUUAGCCUUGGUGGUGCAAUGGUCUCUGCACUCAUCAUCACAAUUGGAUCAUUGGUCCUUCCAGACACACCCAAUUCCAUGAUCGAGCGUGGAGAGCACGAAAAGGCUAGGCAACAACUGAGGAAGGUUCCCGGCGUGGAAGACAUUGAUGAAGAGUUCAACGAUCUUAUUGCCGCAAGUGAGGAAUCGAAGAAGGUGGAACACCCUUGGAGGAACCUGCUGCGGCGCAAGUACAGGCCUCACCUUACCAGGGCAAUCAUGAUUCCAUUCUUCCAGCAAUUCACGGGCAUUAUUGUCAUCAUGUUUUAUGCGCCUGUGUUGUUCGGCUUUAUUGGCUUCAAGGACAACUCUGCUCUUAUGUCAGCCGUCAUCACCGGCGUCGUAAAUGUGGCUGUCACCGUUGUGUCUAUCUAUAGGGCUGACAAGUGGGGUAGGAGAGCCCUUUUUCUAGAAGGUGGAACGCAAAUGAUUAUAUGUCAAGCCGUAGUAGCCGCUGCUAUUGGAACCAAGUUCGGAAUUGAUGGAAACCCUGGUAAUUUGCCAGUGUGGUAUGCUGUUGUGGUGAUGAUGUUUAUUUGUCUAUUCAACGAAUGA